AUGAUCUUCUGCAGCAACAAAACAUGUUUUCUUUUUGAUGUGUUCACUGGUAUUGAGGUUUCAUCUCCACCACUGCCAGUUGAUGAAAACACUAGGUUCUGCUAUGGUAUUGAUCUCAUAGCACCUCUACCACUGCCAGGACUGCCACUGCCAGUUGUUGGAAACACUAAGUUCUGCUAUGGUGCUGCCCUCACAGGUCCUCUAGCAUCUCCCAACCCACAUCUUAUUGUCUAUACUAAGUCCUCCAACUUCUUUUGGCCUAUUGGUAGUAACUCUUGGUCAAAAUGCUCUCCUCGCAAUGGGCCACUCACCAAAUUUGUAGUCUUCAAAGACCAGGUCUUUGGCAUGGGUUCUGAUCGUAGGCUGUUCAUGGUUCACUUGACUCUCCAGAUCCACUUACAGGAGAUACCAGUUUCCUGGGGUGGAAGAAAUAGCAUGACCGAAUGGCAUCCUAGAUUCGCUUGGCUGGUGGUGUGCGGCGACAUGCUUCUUGUGGUUGGCUGCCGAAGCGAUUCCUCAGGAACUGGGCCUUCAUUUGAAGCUUAUCAUCUGGACACUUCGACUGAACCUGCAAAGUGGGUAAAGGUAGAGAGGUUGGAGAAAUGGGCGAUAUUCAUCAGCAAUUACCUUGGAGUUGAGGCUCUAUCGUGCAUGAACCCAGAGAGGUGGGGAGGGAGAAGCAACUGUGUAUACUGCUAUGAUUCUCGUUCUGGCCAUUUGGUUGCAUUUGAGUUGGGCAAGCCACUGCUCGGAGAUGAUGCCACCUGGCUUCGAGCUUUUAUUUAUGUAACUCGCUUACAUGACGACCACAUGGGCAUGGUGCAACCUACAUGGGUUGUUCCCAGUAUGUUCUCUUAG